UUCUGCCGUUUUCUCUCCUCCUGGUACCUUCCUUCACUUUCUCCCAUAUAAACCUCAAUUUUUUCUCAUCUUCAUUCACCAAACCAUCUCUAUCUCCCUCUCACUCUAUUUAGAAAGGAUCAACGUCUCAAUCUUUUGAUGAAGGAUCCCAUAAACUAAAAUUUAACAAAGUCCGACAAGGACCAACUAAUCUUUUGAGUCUAGCUAGUUGAUUUAAGAGGAUCCAACUUUUUUUUUUUUCAUAAUUUUUCACAAAGACAUAACUAAAUAAUGGGUGCUACUACCACCAUUUCGAUUCUUGUUCUUCUUCUUCUUGGGUUGGUUCAGCUUGCAGUUUCAGGACACGACUAUAAACAAGCUCUGAGCAAAAGCAUUAUAUUCUUUGAAGCUCAGAGGUCAGGACACCUUCCUCCCAACCAGAGAGUUUCAUGGCGAUCUCACUCCGGUCUUUACGACGGCAAAUCAAGCGGCGUGGAUCUAGUUGGAGGAUACUAUGACGCCGGAGACAAUGUGAAAUUCGGGCUUCCGAUGGCUUUCACGGUUACCACAAUGUGUUGGAGCAUCAUAGAAUACGGUGGCCAGCUAGAAUCUAAUGACGAACUUGGCCAUGCCCUUGACGCCGUUAAGUGGGGAACUGAUUAUUUCAUUAAAGCCCACCCUGAACCUAACGUCCUCUAUGGAGAGGUGGGAGAUGGUAAAUCGGACCAUUAUUGUUGGCAAAGGCCAGAGGAAAUGACCACUGAUCGUAAGGCUUACAAGAUUGAUAGGAACAAUCCUGGUUCGGAUCUUGCCGGAGAAACCGCUGCCGCAAUGGCUGCCGCUUCCAUAGUUUUUCGCCGCUCUGAUCCAUCAUACUCAGCCGAGCUAAUCCGUCACGCCCGUCAGGUUUUUGAAUUUGCUGACAAAUACAGAGGCAAAUACGACAGCAGCAUUACCGUGGCACAAAAAUACUACCGAUCAGUCAGCGGUUACAAUGAUGAGUUACUCUGGGCUGCUGCGUGGCUAUACCAAGCAACCAAUGAUAAAUAUUAUCUAGAUUACCUCGGUAAAAAUGGCGACUCGAUGGGCGGUACGGGCUGGUCGAUAACGGAAUUCAGUUGGGACGUUAAGUAUGCGGGCGUUCAAACCCUUGUCGCCAAGGUUCUGAUGCAAGGGAAAGCAGGAGAACACACUGCCGUCUUCGAGAGGUACCAAGAGAAAGCAGAACAGUAUAUGUGUUCGUUGUUAGGUAAAAGCACCAAAAACAUAAAGAAAACUCCCGGCGGUUUGAUUUUCCGGCAAAGCUGGAACAAUAUGCAGUUUGUCACAAGCGCUUCUUUCUUAUCCGCGGUGUACUCCGACUACCUCUCGUCCUCCAAAAGAGAUCUACGUUGUUCUCAAGGAAACAUUUCUCCAUCCAAACUCCUAGAUUUUUCUAAAUCACAGGUGGAUUACAUCCUCGGAGACAAUCCAAGAGCGACGAGUUACAUGGUUGGAUACGGAGAGAACUAUCCACGACAAGUUCAUCAUCGUGGUUCGUCGAUUGUCUCGUUCAAUGUCGAUCAAAAGUUUGUGACUUGCCGUGGUGGUUACGCCACAUGGUAUAGUCGAAAAGGAAGCGAUCCGAAUGUUUUGACCGGAGCUAUAGUGGGUGGACCCGAUGCCUACGAUAACUUCGCUGACCAGCGGGACAAUUACGAGCAAACCGAACCAGCAACUUACAACAAUGCACCUCNUUUAAAAUUAAAAAUAAAUAAACUGAAAUUCGUAUAUUAUGCUAGUCUCUAG